AUGAGUGAGGUUUCGUCCACACGGCUCUAUCUUGGGAAUCUUCCCCGCAAUGUGACUAAAAAGGAUAUCGAAGACUAUUUCGGCUCCCAUGGCACCGGCAAGAUCACAGAAAUCAAACUGAUGAGUGGGUUUGGCUUCAUUGAGUACGAAGAUGCGAUGGAUGCUCGGGACGUUGUUCCAGCCUUUCAUGGUAGCGAUUUCAAAGGAGAACGUUUGACCGUCCAGUUUGCGCGUGGACCCCGCCACAAGGAAACAUUCAAUGGCCCUUCGGACCGUCUCAGUGCACCUAGGCCUCGUCGGACGGUGUAUCGCAUGCAGGUUUCAGGGCUUCCCUCCGAGACGAGCUGGCAGGACCUCAAAGAUUUUGCUCGUCAGUCCGGGUUGGAUGUAGUAUACUCGGAGACAACUCGUGAGCGCGACGGUAGAGGCUUCGUCGAAUUUGAGUCCCACACAGAUCUCAAAACAGCUGUCGAGAAGCUCGACGGCAGAGACCUGAAAGGCUCCCACAUCACCUGUGUUGCGGAUAUACAACCCGCCGAGGAGCGAGCUCCAUAUCGUGACCCUUAUCGAUCCCGUUCGCCCCCGCGCCGAGGGUAUCCUCCUGUCGACGAAUACGAUCGACGUGGCCCUCCGCGUGGAUAUAGCCCUCGACCGCAUUAUCGUGAACGCUCUCCGCAACCGAUUCGUCGGGAUUACUAUGAUCGAGAUGGCUACGGGCGACGGACUCCUCCACGCCCACGUCUAGAAGAUUAUCCUCCACCUCGACGUGCGUAUGAUGACCCUUAUGACACAAGGCCACCACCACCUCCACCACCACGACACUAUGAUGAUCCCUAUUUCGCGGGAAGACCAUACGGACGACCACGAAGUCCCCCACGGGGUGAUUACGGAGGGUAUGACCGCCGCCCGUAUUGGUAG